GAAAAAGAAUAGGGAUGAUCUGAUAUAUACAUAAUCACAUAUACGUAUAGUGGUCGUGUUUAUCACUCUCAUCUUCUUGUUUAUCGGAUUAUUUUAAUUUAUUCCCAGAUUUAAUAUUUCCAAGAUAAUCAAAUCGAACACGAACCCUUUUCUCCUCCUCAUCUCUAUUAACCUUGUGAAUUGAAGGGUUGAUGAGUUCCUGGUGACAAAAUUAAGAUCGAGGGUAAUUAUAAUUAAAAAAAGAUGGCAUGUAAAGGGUUUCUCGAGUGCCUAUUGAAGCUCUUCAACUUCUUGUUAACUCUUGUUGGGCUGGCCAUGGUUGGCUAUUCCAUCUACCUUUUCGUUGAGUACAAAAAUGCAUCUUCAUUUGAUCCUGGUAUGGCACCUUCCAGUGGUGAAAUGGUACAGUUUGGUCGUCCAUUACUGAUGGCUGUGUCACUAUCAAGCAACAUUCUUGAUAACUUGCCUCAAGCCUGGUUCAUUUACUUAUUCUUUGGUAUUGGUGUGAUCAUCUUCUUUAUAUCCUGUUUUGGAUGCAUAGGAGCAGCAACAAGGAAUGGGUGCUGUCUGUCUUGUUAUUCUGUAUUGUUGAUAUUCUUGAUCUUGGUAGAGCUAGCUGCAGCAGCAUUUAUAUUCUUCGACGAAAGUUGGAAAGAUCAAAUUCCAGAUGACAAAACUGGCAAUUUUGAUAAAAUUUCGGAUUUUCUGGAAAAGAACUGGAAAAUUGCGAGAUGGGCUGCUCUUGGGGCUAUAGUUCUUCAGGCUCUAGUUUUCUUGCUGGCUAUAUUGGUAAGGGCUGCCAAUCAGCCACCAGAAUAUGAUAGUGAUGAUGAGUAUAUAGGAGGCCCUAGGCAACAACGCCAGCCGUUAAUCAAUAACAGAGCGCCAGUUCCCGCUACAGGUGUCCCUGUUGCUGGUACCCUUGACAACCGUCCCAGCAGGAAUGAUGCUUGGAGCACACGUAUGCGGGAAAAGUAUGGACUUGAUACUUCGGAGUUCACAUAUAACCCAUCUGAACCAAACAGGAAUCAGCAAGCUUCCCCACAUCAGCAAGCAGAGGAGGGGAGUCGUUGCACAAUCAUGUAAUAAAUGUCUGUGUUUUGCACAAUUUUUUUAUUGUACGUGUUUCUUGGAACCAAUUUUCACCUAGUGGUGUUCCAUUAUUGUGUGAAUCUUUUAUGUUUGGUGUUUACUCUGUUAAGUUUCUGUCGAAAACAUUCUAGGAGCUUGAAUCUUUUAUCCUUUCCAAAGCUGGCACCUCAUUAAUUUCGGUUCAAUGUGA